AUGAGAGGGAGGAUGGGAACCCAGGGCAGCCCGGUGAAGAGCUACGAUUACCUCCUCAAGUUCCUGCUGGUGGGGGACAGCGACGUGGGGAAGGGCGAGAUCCUGGAGAGUCUGCAGGACGGGGCCUCCGAGUCCCCCUACGCCUACAGCAACGGAAUUGACUACAAGACCACUACUAUCUUGUUGGACGGCAGAAGGGUCAAGCUGGAACUCUGGGACACAUCAGGGCAAGGAAGAUUUUGCACCAUUUUCAGAUCCUACUCUAGAGGAGCGCAGGGAAUCCUCUUGGUGUACGACAUCACUAAUCGCUGGUCCUUCGAUGGGAUAGACCGAUGGAUAAAGGAAAUAGAUGAGCAUGCCCCAGGUGUCCCUCGGAUCCUGGUGGGAAACAGGCUUCACCUCGCCUUCAAGCGGCAGGUACCAACGGAGCAGGCCCGGGCUUACGCGGAGAAGAACUGCAUGACGUUUUUCGAGGUCAGCCCCCUGUGCAACUUCAACGUCAUAGAGUCCUUCACGGAGUUGUCCCGUAUCGUCCUCAUGCGGCACGGCAUGGAGAAGAUCUGGAGACCCAACAGAGUGUUCAGCUUACAGGACCUGUGCUGCCGAGCCAUCGUUUCCUGCACCCCAGUCCACCUCAUCGACAAGCUGCCGUUGCCCGUCACCAUCAAGAGUCACCUGAAAUCCUUCUCGAUGGCCAACGGGAUGAACGCGGUGAUGAUGCACGGCCGGUCGUAUUCCUUGGCCAGCAGCGGGGGUGGGAGCAGCAGCAAAGGUAACAGCUUGAAGAGAUCCAAAUCAAUUCGGCCACCCCAGAGCCCCCCACAGAACUGCUCACGCAACAACUGCAAGAUCUCUUAGCAGGAUGGACGCACCGUGAGCUUCUAACG